AUGAUUGCUUUUUCUACUUAUAGUUUGAUGAAAGCAACACAAAUGGAUGUAAAUUUAAAAUUAUUUAUUUUCAUACUCAUUAUUAUUUUAUACACUGUGCAUAGUUCUUAUGUACAACAAAAUCAAAAUUCAGAUGAUAUUUUGAUAUCAAAAUUCCGUUCGAUAUUUGAUGAUAUGCAUAAUGUUGAACGUCGUAAUAACUAUCGCCACGAGAAAGCAUUUAAAAAGGACCUGCGGUGGAACAUAGUCCGCAGGGACAGUAAUGUUGAAGUAAUCAAGAUUGGUACCCUUGCCCCUAGUGCAAGUCCCUGGGGCCAAGUAUUCAAAGUCUGGAGUGAAGCUGUGAAGACAAAGAGCAAUGGCAAGUUGGAACUACAAUUUUUCUACAACGGUCAACAGGGUGAUGAGGCCGCAAUGAUCGGCAAGAUGAAAGCUGGUCAGCUGGAUGGUGCUGGUGUUACAGCAGUUGGUCUCAGUAAGAUCUACAGGCCAAUCUUAGCGCUACAAAUGCCUGGGCUCUUCAAAACCUGGAGCCAGCUGGACAUUGCACGCAAAGCGAUGAAGGCGGAUUUUGAGAAUGGCACAAAAAAUGCGGGUUUCAGUAUCCUUGGCUGGGGCGAUGUUGGCGCUGUACAUCGAUUUUCCAAGGGAUUUGCAGUAAGGACGCCAGAUGACUUUCAAUCCAAGAAGCCUUACGUAUGGCGUGACGAUCCUAUGGAGAUGAUCUUAUACCAAGUCAUUGGUGGCGUAACACCUGUGCCACUCAAUAUUCCUGAGGUGCUUCCGCGGCUCAAUUCGGGCGCAAUAAACAUCGUCAACGCACCUUCACUUGUUGCUGAACAGUUCCAAUGGUCGUCUAAACUCAAUUACAUCGAUGGGAACGUGAAUGCCAUGGCUAUUGGAGCUUUGGUCAUCUCAUCGAAACGACUAGAUACGUUGACGCCGGACCUUCGCCAAAUCAUUCUAGACACCGGCAAAGUAGCGGCCGAUGCGCUCACCACGCGUAUUCGCGAUGAAGAUAAUGCUGCAUUCACCCGCCUGACAAAUAUGCCAGCGCGGAGUCAUGAUUUAUAUAAAUCGCGACCGAGAUAUAAUCAAGAUUCGAAUCGGGAUAUAGUUGCAUCCCGAUCGGGCUAUAUUACUAAACAUGUUCGAAAUGUAUUGAAAUUGAUUGUUGAAGCUGCUACAGCUGAUUUUUCUGUAUUAAAAUAUGAAUUUAAAGACGAUCAUUGUCUUCGUACUGAACAUCCAAUUUAA